ACUCCUGAUACGUUGGUGGCUGCACUACCAUCACCCCCUAAGGUGUUUUGUCAUUGUAUUUGUAUAUAUUCGAUAUAAAUUUAGAAUGUAAACAAGAUGUCUCUAAUUUACAAAUUAUUGGAUCAAUUUUUACAAAUCGAAUAUGCUGUAAACCACAUUCUUAAUUAGUAUUAACAGUUAAUUUUUAUUUGAUUAUUUAUAUAGAGUUCUGGCUUAACGACUACAACGAAGAAUGGUUCAAAUAAUACUUGUUAAAUGGGUUUUACAGCCAGCAUUUUAAAUAUGACAGUGAAAAAUAUUGCAAUCUAUCUUUUCUUUUCAUCCGUAUUACUGUUAGCAUUCGUUAUAUACUGGAGACAAUUCUCAAGUGGCGAACUAGGAAAAUUUUAUAAAGCCUCUGAAAGCAAGCUUCCACAAGUUUCCCCAAGCAAUCUGGAGCAAUGUAAAGAAGGAUAUUUUUUCUCACAAAUAGACAAUGUUUGCUUACCCUGUGGCAAAGGAACUUUCAGUUUUAGCUCCUGGAUUGGAUGCCAUCCAUGGUUAGAUUGUGAAGAUAUUGAAUUGAAUGUUAGAACCAGGGGGGUGUUAAGCACAGCAAGCCACAACAAUGCAGUUAAAAGUAUCUAUUUAGCAGACUGGCAUGGUUAUACAGUUGUUUACAUGAAGUGUUCUCAUGAACAGUUUUGGGAGGAUUGUCGACACAACACUAGAAUGGUUGAAGGAUUACAAGGCAAUGAAUUGGUUGUGCAAUUUCUUGGUGCAUGUGAAGAGAAGCAGGAGAUGGUAACUACAUAUUAUCACCAUGGUUCAGCUGACAAAUUAGACCAAGUCCUGCCAAGUCUCAAUCUCCAUUCCAGCGAGGAAAUAAAAGUGCGGAUACAGCUGGUGAAAGACUACCUAAAAAUACUAGAGUUUUUACACGACAGUCCUUUGGGCGUACGAGUCAUGUGUGAUGCAAAUGAUCUUACAAAAACCCUCUCGCAGUUUUUAAUCUCGGACAAAUUCCAUCUCGUUAUCAAUGACCUGGAUGCACUGCCAAAAGUUGACCACCAGUUAGGUCAAUUUGUGAAAUGCGGUCAUCGAGAGCUGUUUGGUUGGUUUGUCGCCCCAGAGCAGCUUUGGCCAUAUGACGAUAAACCAUUCAAUGACUUUGAGAUGCCAGAAUAUGAUGAAAAGAUAGACAUAUGGAGAGUUCCUAAUGUUGUCAUUUGGUUUCUUGGGGAUUCAUUAGAAGGUUUAAGGGUAAAAGCAAAAUUAAAACAUUUAUUUAAUAGCUGCAAAGCAACAGAUCCAAAAGAUAGACCAAGCGCCACUGAGGUAUUGAGAAUAUUUGAAGCAAAUGUAAAUCAAGUUGUAAAAAAGUAAAUUAUUAGCACA